UGUCAGUGCUGCGCCGAGUGUGGCGGUAAACAGUGCGUGAAGGAGGGAGUCUGUAGUCCUGCAGCUGGUCAACAUUUGAGUUUUGAUUUGUUUAUUUUGUGUUUUUGUGUUAAAGUGACCCAUUUUUGGCCUUAAAAUCCUGCGAUGGACACCGAUGAGGAGGGAGAGGCCGAGUGGGACGCGCUGGACUCCGCUGAAGUGGACCGAGCUGAGGAGGAGGACGGUCAGAGAGUCGUCAUUCACUUUGAUUUGGACUGCUUCUACGCUCAGGUGGAGAUGAUCCGAAACCCAGCCCUGUUCAACCAACCCUUAGGAAUUCAGCAGAAGUACCUCGUUGUGACGUGUAACUACGUGGCGCGGGAGCGAGGACUGAGUAAGAUGAUGGGGGUGAAGGAGGCGCUGGAUAAAUGUCCUGACCUGGUGCUGGUGAAGGGGGAGGACCUCACACGCUACAGAGAAAUCUCAUACAAAGUCACAGAGCUGCUGAUGUCGUACUGCCCCCUGGUGGAGCGGCUGGGAUUAGAUGAAAACUUUAUGGACAUCACAGAGAUGGUGGACAAGCGGAUGAAAGAGACAAACAUCUCUGAUCUCAAUUUUGUGGGUCACAUCUACGGACACGAGGCCUCAGCUGUGGGGGUCUGGGAUCACUCCAGGCUGGCUGUGGGGUCAGUAAUAGCGGCUGAACUGCGGGAAGUGCUGCAGAGCAGGCUGGAAUUGACUAGCUGUGCCGGCAUCGCUAGCAGCAAACUCCUGGCCAAGCUGGUGUCUGGAACUUUCAAACCAAACCAGCAGACCACGCUGCUGCCCCAGAGCAGGGGGGCGCUGAUGGACAGCCUGAGUGGACCCUGCAAAGUGCCCGGUAUCGGCCACAAGACGGAGGCGAGGCUGAAGGCUCUGGGUGUGAGCAGUGUGAGAGACCUGCAGAUGUUCCCUCUCAGAGAGCUGAUCCGGGAGUUUGGAGAAGCCAACGGCAAACGCAUUCAGAACCUCGCCUGCGGCAUUGACCUUUCUCCAGUGACCCCUGCAGGACCUCCACAGUCCAUGAGCGAUGAGGACUCCUUUCAGAAAAUCUCCACAGUGAGUGAAGUGGAGAGUAAAGCGAAAGAUCUGCUGAUCAGCCUCUGUGAGAGGAUGCGUAAGGAUGGCCGGCUGCCUCAGACUCUGAGACUGAGCCUCAGACGGUCCUCUACAGACACUCUGAGCCGCUGUUUCAGCCGAGAGAGCCGACAGUGCCCGAUACCCAAACACACCGCACACAGGAUUAUAACAGGCUGCAGUGAGGCGGUGCCCCAGCUGGUUUCCAUAGCGAUGAAGCUGUUCCACAGAGUGGUGGACGUCAGUGGGCCGUUCCACCUGACGGUGCUGAACGUCUGUUUCAGUAACCUGCAGAACAAAACGCCCAGCAGAACCUCCAUCAGCUCCUUCUUCACACACAGCGCUGCUACUGCAGCACACACACACACACAGGGACAGGAAACAGAGGCAGAUCUCAGUUUGUGUGAGGGUUCGUCCAACUUCACUCAGCCUGACGACACUCAGAACAGUAAUGAGUUUAAGCACACGCCCCUCUCGACUUCAUCAUCGUCAUCAAGUCAGAAUUCACUGCCACAGCCAAUCAGGGCCAAAUCCUCCACAUCUCCCAGGAAACCAGUUCUGAAACACUCAGGAUUGGACAUGAGAGAUUCCGGGAUGGCCAACAUCGUAGAAGAGAAGACGUGUUCUAGACUGCCUCCUCACGUUGACCCAGACGUCUUUCAUGCUCUUCCAGAACACAUCCAGAUGGAGCUCAUGGCGAGUUUCCAGACUGGAGCCUCUGUUCCGGAAGGUUCUAUGGAAAAUCUGCCCUCAGGUCAUACCGAACAGCCUGGGGAGCAGAAUCAGAUUCACAUAAAUCAGCAAGAAACGCCACAACAUGCUCAGUUAGCCCUGAAUGAGAGCAGCCGCGUGGUCCGUAAUGAUGAUAUCAGCGCAGAGGAUGCCCAAAACGAUGACCUCUCCAUGGAGGAUCAAAGGUCGCAGGACAGCAGAGCUGCUGAGAGUCGCCCACUUGCUCAAACAAGCCACCCUGACGUCCCACCUAACGUAGACCCACUGGUCUUCUCCCAGCUUCCCUCAGACAUGCAGAAAGAGCUGCUAGCAGAGUGGAAGCAGCACAAACCUGCGCUGAAAAUAUCCUCCAAACAGGCAGCCAAGCGCUCGCCCAAACACACGGCGGCCCGAGAUCGCAGACCUGCGGCCAAAGGCUCUCAGAACAACAGCCUGCUGAAGUAUUUCAAACCCCACUGAGAGAAAAACCGCACUGUUCCUCUCAGCUAACUGCUAGCUAGCUCAGUUAGCCUGCUAGUUAACUCAUUAGCCUGCUAGCUUUGUCAAAACACUGCAUUUUUGUUUUGUUUUGGUUUUUUUUGCGCUUUUUCCACAUUUACAGUCCACCAUCCAUGUGUAUGUGCCUUAUAUCUCAAAUCUUCUGUUUGUUUUUAGCCUUAGCGUUCACGAAUCAGUCCAAAAACAUUUCGUUUACCUCGCUACGUUAACCACAGGCACAUGCUAAUACAUCACAGCGCUACAGAAUGCCUGUUCAGACUGUGAAGUAUUUGAGUUGUACAUUUGUAAAU